ACGUGACACGAAGAAAUUCAAGUUGAACGAGCUACGGCACAUCGUCAGAAAGAGUAAUUACUAAACAAUCUCUAGCAGCAACGAGGAUUGUUUGUCCGAUUAUUUAAACGAACUGACAGAAGGAAGGAGAGAAGUUUGAGGUCGUGAACUUUUACUUUCAAAUCAGGCACUUGGUGGCCGCUGUCGGACUUUUAAAGGAAUAAACGUUUUUUAACAGGAUUGAAGAAUGGAUUCAGACAACCAAAGCCAAAUGCAUCUGUUAAUGAAUGAAGAGGAACCUGAUGACCUUUUGGAUUGGUGGUAUACUAAAGAAGGCUGGGACGACUGGAGUUCUGAUGAAGGCUUUACUGAGGAAGAAGAAGUCAGGAAGUAUGAAUAUACUGCAUGCAAAGUUUACAAGGGUCUUCAAAUUUUUGUGAAACUCUUUGGUGACCGAGCUGAAAAAUUACAGAAGUACAUAGAUGAUCUACGCAAUAUUGCUGAUGGGGUGGACAGAUUUCACAAAGGAGCUACCAUUGCCAGCAUCACUGGAGGAGCUGUGAGCGCAGCAGGAGGAAUUGCAACCAUUACUGGAUUGAUACUGGCUCCCUUUACAUUUGGAGCCUCCAUUAUAGUCACUGCUGUUGGUCUAGGAGUAGCUACCGCAGGUGGACUGACCAGUGCUUCAGCCACCAUUUCAGAUAGUGUCAACACUUCAAUAGAUCGAUCAAAAGUAGAGACGAUAAUAGGGGGUUACCAAAAAGACAUUAAGGAUGUGGCAGAAUGCCUGAAUUUUAUCAACACUGGCAUAAAGAAUAUCGAAAAGCUGAAUUAUUCCAGGAUCAAAGAUUCUUUGAAGACUAUGGCUUCUCCUAGUACACAGAACAUGCUUCAAGCUGGUGCUAGAGCUAGCAAAGGACUGGCCAACAUUGCAGACAUUGUGAGAGUGGUCCAGUUGGCUCAAGUAGCAGGGGGUGCAGUCAGAGCGGUUAGAAUUGCAGGGGUGGCAACUGGCAUACUAGCGGGGCUCUUCCUGGGUCUCGAUGUCUUCUUUAUUGCAAAAGACUCCAUUGACCUGCAUAAAGGUGCCAAGACUGAAUUUGCCAAAAAAGUCCGUGAAGUGGCAGACGAACUGCAGGAGGGACUGUCUGAGUUAAGCCAAAUCCAGAAAGAGUUUGAAAAAUCUAUGCAACUGGCAUAACUCUCUUUAUAGAUAUAUACUCUGUGUAAACAUCACAUUAUUGUGGCCAAUUACAGGCUUAAUCCUUUGGAAUGUAAAAUCUGGCAAGUUUUUCAUUCUAAUUUGCUAGACACCAUACAGUUUAUACAUUUUAAUGGAAAGCUAUUCAUUCUUUUAAGGAAUUUGAUGUGUUUAUGUCCCACCUCAAGAAUGUGCAGGGUGACAACUUCAAAGUCUGAGUAUUUGAGAUUAUUAGAAUUAGCCCUGAUCGUUUCCUAAGGUGCUGUCCUACAAACUCGUAGACACCCCUUUAACUUAGCUAAUUGAUGUGGCAGGGGCCAUUAACUUUAUAGUAUCACAGUGAUUGUUAAUAUGAUGUAGCACUUCAGCCAGAUUACUAAAGACCUGUUUAGGGAAACUUUGUUAAUUCUGACCUUUCUCAUCUAUGAGAAGCUCAACCUCAUUGAGAAGUAAUAAGGUGGCUUUAAUAUGCUAUCAGAAAUAUGAGCUUCAACUUAAUGGCUCUCAGUUUGGAUGAAACAAAGUUGUGAUAUAAAACUGAACUCUCGCCUUAUUCACUGUAUUAAGUAAAUAACGACAAGGUCAGUCAGAAAUUACAGACACAUUGCAUUUGGUGUAAAGUGACAGAUUCUUGUGAUGCAUUUAGUUUGCCAUUUAUUUUCAUGAAAAAGAUAAAAGCCAAUCGAGGACAAAAUCAAGAGCAAAUUUGUAUCGUCUCCAAAACUGCAACUGAAAAUUCACAUGAAUACAAUGCAGUGAAACUGAGAUUCUUCAUAAUCAUUAUCCCCAAAAAUUCUCAUAGGAGUACUACAUAAUCACUGCAUAACAACAUCAGAAAAAAUACUUUAUAAUGAGCAGAAUCCACUCAACCCAAUAUAGCUAGUUAGUCAAGUAAUGUUCAAAGUUAAAACUGUACAUAUAGUAAGGCUUGUUUUAGUAAUUAAUGGAAUUGUUCCAGGUUAAUCAAACGAUAUGUAGACAGCAGUAAAUGUGCAGUUGUGGUAAGGGAAUCGGAUGAGACAGUUUAAAUAGGUAGGCUGAAAAUAAAGAAUCUUCAUCCACAGAUAUAAAAGGAUUGUCAGUUUUAAAAAAAAACAAAAACUUGCCGAUGAAGAAUGAGAGGAUUGCCAUACAACUGUUUCAGGUCAUCCAGUCUUAAACUAACUAGUAGGCUCACGCUGAUUUUUCUCCAGUACUUAGUUUCUGUUUCAUUUCCACUCCACCGGUCAACUGGUUGGUGACUACUGUUCAAUAAUGUGAACACCUUGAGAGGAGCAGUGCCCAAAGGGAAUUAGUAAGAUAUGAUUCUCAUUCUCCCAGUAUAAGGGGCAUUUCUAGGAUUUGGUGGUAUCAGGGUCUUAGCCCCCUUUAAUGGUGUCUAGUGUCAUCCUUCAUCAAGCUUUUAUAGUCUCAUUUAACCUCAAAACAUACUUUGAUCAGUUCUGGCAGUUGAACCAUAUUACUGUCAGUACUCUAUGUUUUGUCUUGUCAGCAUUUUGUUCUUCCUUGCAGUUCAUUUUAAAUUUUAUACUUCUUUACCAAGCAUUUGUCCCCCUGUGAGUUUCUAGCAUGUUAACUUACAUAUGUAGAAGAGCAUGUUGAUAGUGGAACAAUAUAUCAGGGGCUUAAGUCUCUAAAACCCUUCUCGAGGCAUAAAUCAAAGUUAGAAUAAAGAUUCUGAAGUCCACACACAGCCUUGUUUUGAAUUGUCUCUAGCAAAACAUUAAUCAUAAAGAUUCUCCUUACAGUGAUUCAGAAAGCUUGAAUGCAGAAUACCGCAUGCUGCCAUCUUAUAUAGGUGGGACAGGCUGACACAAUACAUCAUGAGACUAGUACUGGGAACAGGGACCAUAAACAGCAUGACCACAGCUUUGUAAUGAUUGUGUGACAAUCAUCUUAUGACAAAACAAAAAAUGAAGAUAAUAUGGUGUUUUCAGAAAAAAAUGAAAUAAGUAAAUAUAAACAUUCUGAAAUUAAACAGACGGUAUCCCAGUAUGCCAAAACCUAGAUUCAUUAAACUGCUCUGCUUUUUUGGUUCACUGGAAUGCACUAAGUGUAAGACAGUGUUUAAACAACUUUGCACCUUUGAUCCACAGAUAAGUUCAAGAUUUAAACAAAUAUCAGAGAAGGUGAGUUAUUGUGAGCAGAAAAAUUAGUUGAAAGAAACUAUAUCAAAAUUUGAACAUGAAUGUUAAGAUGAAGCAGUGGUUAAAUAGGUGUGACGUAUUGCAAGUUGUGUAUUUAAAGGCUGAAAAAAAAGAACCAAUCAGAACGCUUAAUAUUGAGUCACAAAGUACAGUGAAAAUCCAUCCAACAUGCAAAUAAUAAUUCCACUGUACUCUGCUCACAUGACAGGAUACCUAGCGGAAAUUAAAGUCGGUAUCCUUAAGACAGAAAACUUGCAACUCUGUGACUUAGUACACAAAGAACCAUCCAUCACAUUUGAUUUAACCAAUUUACAGGUAAUGCCUCCUUUAGGCUUCAUGUUUAUAACAGAAAAACAGCAAGAGCCAGAUCAUCAACUUUGGGAGAGUUUUUGCAGUAAUGUGAAAAUAGCCAAAGCAAACUGCAUCUUUGGAGUCACCUAGUGGAAACUAAAGGGAAGUGCAUUCAAGAAAGAAACAAACCAGCACUUCAGGGCACUAAGAGUUCUGGGAUUCAGUAACAAAAUACUGAAACACUAAGAGCCAAAUUUUUAAAAACUCUCAAAAAGUUAUAUAACUUUAUAACUACUGCAUUUUGAUACAGUUUUUAGAGUUUGUUUUAUUUUUACUGUAAGGAUGUAGGACGCUACAUUUGUUAAAUAUUGUUAUUUAAAAAUAAAUUCUUAUUAGUGUGCCAGACAUAGCUUAUUGGACUGAAGACAGCCCUGGUUUUGGAGGUGACAAUGCUGCAGAUUUUCAUUAAUGUUUCUAGAGGACAACUCUUGUGUUAGAUUCCAUUUCCUACAUUAUCAGGCUUCUUUUUGUCUAGUUAGUCUGGCCAUUCAAAGUGUAUCUAGCCUAUGAAAUUCAUGAAGGAUGUUUAUUGUAUUUAUUUAUUGAACAAAAAAUCUUGAUAUAGUGCCUUAGUAUUGCAAAUAGUCUCCUUAUGCCUUAUAUGGAACUAUAGUAGAGCUGUUAAGUUCUUCACAUAUAUGUAUGUAAAUAUAUACAGUAUGUGUGUGUGUAUAUAUAUAUAUUUAUAUACUGUAUAGAGAGAGAGAGAGUUUUGUUGUGUUUUUACAUUUAUAAUUGUAGCACAGACCGUUUAAGUGACUUGCUCAUCAGAAGUGGACGGCUCUACCUUCCACAGCUGCUUAAUUUCCUCCACUUUAUUCCACAGAAUUGAGUGGUGCCUUUCUGCAUCCUUGCAAUAGACAGUGGCCCCAAAAAUGGGCAGAAGAAUGGAAUUCCCAAAUUUAUUUAAAGAUAUUUGUUUAAAAAAUGCUUUUACCCAGCAGGCUUGGAAGUCUGUAUGAAGUAAAAUCACAUUCUUCAUAACCUUCCUGCUCAAUUGUUACUUAUCUUAAAUGUUUUAUUCUACUGAAAUAAAAGAAUCUGGUGACACCUUAAAUUUCACACCAGAUUAGGAAAAUCCUGUUUUAUAAAGAUUAAGUUAAGGGUAUUAAAUAACUGGAUUGUGGAAGUUUUACUCUUUUUACUUCCAGAGUAGUUGCAAACCUUUGUAUUAUUCUCUACUUAUUUUUCUUGUUUGGAACAGGAGGAGGAAGUAAUAAAUGGAACAAACAAAAUGUCUAAAAUUUGAACAAAGGAACAUUGUGCUUAUGUAAUUGUUUUUAUUGUACUGCUUUUUAAAAUAGCUAAAUAAAAAUACUCUAAAGGAA